AAAGAACAUUUUAUUCAACACUGUUCUCAUGGAACCUACAGAGUAGAGAAGGUGCUAGGAGUAGUAGUGGGGGGAUUUUAAGCCAUAAAAUACAGACUUAUAAAUGGUGGUAAGUGCAGGGGAAUGUGAGAGAGAAUAGCAGGGAAACUAAUUUAGGUUGAAGUGUCAAGGAGAGUUUCUCUGAGCACCUGAGAGCACAGCUGAGACCUGUGGAAUGUGUGGAUUGUGUUAGCUGGGUAAAAAGUCAAAGAAUUAGCCUUUUGAAUUGGGGAAACAACAUGUACAAAAGCCCUGUGGCCUCUGAGGACCUCUUUUGGACAAGGUAAAUGUAGGGUAAAUGAAGAUGCUCAGGCUUUUGCACCGUUGGCCUCUGCGGCUGUCACCUGCAGCCUUGUAUGCAGGAGGCGCUUGGGAGCAUGGGCCCUGGGUAUGCGUGCCUGAUGGUGGACACCUGGAGUAUGGUGUGGGCGGGCCUAAGUGGGCACACCUGAGUUGAGAGACUGACCAUAUAAGGCAGAGUGCAGCGGAGUGCGGCAAGAUGGCGGAGAAUGGCUAUGAGAGGAAAGACUACAAGACGACGCCAGAGAGAGCCCAGUGAAGAUGCGCUGGGGGCUGGGAGGCCCCCUUUGCCUGCUCCACCCUACUGCCUGCUUGCACCCCAGUCGCCUGGUAGGUGCUCUGGAUGCAGUGCUGGAUUCCAAUGCCCGGGUUGCUCCAUUUCGAAUUCUGCUCCAAGUUCCUGGGUCCCAGGUUUAUUCUCCCAUCGCAUGUGGUGCAACAUUGGAGGAAAUAAACCAGCAUUGGGACUGGCUGGAACAAAAUCUCCUCCAUACCCUGUCCGUCUUUGAUAAUAAAGAUGACAUUGCCAGUUUUGUGAAAGGGAAGGUGAAGGCUCUGAUUGCGGAAGAGACGAGCAGCAGGCUUGCGGAGCAGGAAGAGGAGCCGGAGAAGUUCCGAGAAGCUUUGGUGAAGUUCGAGGCCAGGUUCAACUUCCCAGAAGCAGAGAAGCUGGUCACCUAUUAUUCCUGCUGCUGCUGGAAGGCCAGGGUUCCCCGCCAAGGCUGGCUGUACCUCAGUAUCAACCACCUCUGCUUCUACUCCUUCUUCCUGGGCAAGGAGCUUAAGCUUGUAGUUCCCUGGGUUGAUGUCCAGAAGUUAGAAAGAACGUCCAAUGUCUUUCUGACUGAUACCAUCCGAAUCACCACGCAGAACAAGGAGCGGGACUUCUCCAUGUUCUUGAACCUCGAUGAGGUGUUUAAGAUCAUGGAGCAGCUGGCGGAUGUGACACUCCGCAGGCUGCUGGAUAAUGAGGGCUUUGACCUGGACCCAGAUCUGCAGGAGCCAAGCCAGAUCACCAAGAGAGACCUUGAAGCCAGAGCCCAGAAUGAGUUCUUCCGGGCUUUCUUCAGAUUGCCAAGGCAGGAGAAGCUGCAUGCAGUCGUGGACUGUUCCCUCUGGACACCGUUCAGUCGCUGUCACACUGUCGGGCGGCUGUUUACCUCUGACAGUUACAUCUGCUUUGCCAGCAAGGAAGAUGGCUGCUGCAAUGUCAUCCUCCCACUCAGAGAGGUUGUGAGCAUUGAGAAGAUGGAGGACACAAGUCUGCUGCCUAACCCCAUCAUCGUCAGCAUCAGGAGCAAGAUGGCGUUCCAGUUCAUUGAGCUCAAGGAUAGAGAUAACUUGGUGGAGAGUCUGCUCCUGAGGUUGAAGCAGGUGCACGCCCACCACCCUGUGCAUUACGACACCUCCCAAGAUGAAGACAUGGCUUCACCUGUGUUUCAUUCAACAAGCAUAUGCAGCGACCACAAGUUUGGGGAUCUUGAAAUGGGGUCUUCUCAAAAUAGUGAGAAGGACGAAAAAGAAAAGAGCCCGCGGCUGCACCCCGAGGCCCUGAUCGCUGUCUUCCAGCAGUCAGGAGGCCAGAGCCCCGACUCUCGAAUGUCCAGAGAACAAAUAAAAAUCAGCCUGUGGAAUGACCACUUUGUGGAAUAUGGCAGAACUGUGUGUAUGUUUCGCACAGAGAAGAUCCGGAAACUUGUAGCCAUGGGGAUCCCUGAAUCUUUACGAGGCAAAUUGUGGCUCCUCUUUUCAGAUGCCGUGACUGAUCUGGCCUCGCAUCCGGGUUACUAUGGGAAUCUGGUGGAGGAGUCCAUGGGAAAGUGCUGCCUGGUGACAGAGGAGAUAGAGAGGGACCUGCACCGCUCCUUACCUGAGCACCCUGCUUUCCAAAACGAAACGGGAAUUGCUGCUUUGAGGAGAGUCUUGACAGCUUAUGCCCACCGGAACCCCAAAAUUGGAUACUGCCAGUCCAUGAACAUCCUGACCUCUGUUUUGUUGCUGUACGCCAAGGAGGAGGAAGCCUUCUGGUUGCUGGUGGCCGUAUGUGAGCGGAUGCUGCCUGACUACUUCAACCACCGAGUGAUUGGGGCCCAAGUGGACCAGUCAGUGUUUGAGGAGCUCAUCAAAGAGCACCUCCCCGAGCUGGCAGAGCACAUGAACGACCUCUCAGCCCUGGCGUCCAUCUCGCUCUCAUGGUUCCUGACCCUGUUCCUCAGCAUCAUGCCUCUGGAGAGUGCGGUGAACGUGGUUGACUGCUUCUUCUAUGAUGGGAUCAAAGCCAUCUUCCAGCUGGGGCUGGCUGUGCUUGAGGCCAAUGCCGAGGACCUGUGUAGCAGCAAGGAUGAUGGCCAGGCCUUGAUGGUCCUCAGCAGGUUUCUAGAUCACAUUAAGAAUGAGGACAGCCCAGGACCCCCUGUUGGCAGCCACCAUGCCUUUUUCUCCGAUGAUCAGGAAACUUAUCCUGUGACUGACAUUGCGGACCUGAUCCGGGACUCCUAUGAGAAAUUUGGAGACCAGUCAGUGGAGCAGAUUGAGCACCUGCGCUGUAAGCACAGGAUCAGGGUUCUCCAAGGCCACGAAGACACCACCAAGCAGAAUGUGCUCCGAGUUGUUAUUCCAGAAGUCUCGAUUCCUCCUGAGGAUCUAGAGGAACUCUAUGAUUUAUUCAAGAGAGAACACAUGAUGAGCUGUUACUGGGAGCAGCCCAGACCCAUGGCCCCGCGUCACGACCCCAGCAGGCCCUACGCAGAACAGUAUCGCAUUGACACCCGGCAGUUUGCCCACCUGUUUCAGCUUGUCUCGCCAUGGACCUGUGGAUCCCACACAGAGAUCCUCGCUGAAAGGACUUUCAGGCUCCUGGAUGACAACAUGGACCAUCUUAUCGAAUUUAAAGCAUUUGUGAGCUGUCUUGAUAUUAUGUAUAAUGGAGAGAUGAAUGAGAAAAUUAAGCUGUUAUAUAGGCUCCAUAUCCCUCCAGCACUCACUGAAAAUGACCGAGACAGCCAGUCACCACUGAAGAAUCCUCUGUUGUCAACAUCAAGACCUCUGGUUUUUGGGAAGUCAAAUGGUGAUGCAACUGAUUAUCAGAAACAGCUGAAGCAGAUGAUUAAGGAUUUGGCCAAAGAAAAAGAUAAAACCGAGAAAGAGUUGCCCAAAAUGAGCCAGAGAGAAUUUAUCCAGUUCUGUAAAACUUUGUACAGCAUGUUCCAUGAAGAUCCAGAAGAAAACAGUUUGUAUCAAGCCAUUGCCACAGUAACCACCCUGCUGCUGCAGAUUGGGGAAGUAGGCCAGCGAAGUAGCAGCUCAGGAAGCUGCUCCCAGGAAUGUGGAGAGGUGCUGCAGGCUUCAGCUUCUUCUCCUGAGGACUUGGUUUUCGCUGACACAGACCCCGGGAAGAUUCCCCAGGACUCCCAGGUAUUUCCUCAAGAGGCAGAAGGGGACUGGACUGUCUCCCUUGAACAUAUUUUAGCAUCACUUCUCACUGAACAGUCAUUAGUAAACUUUUUUGAAAAGCCACUGGACAUUAGAUCCAAACUUGAAAAUGCCAAGAUCAAUCAGUACAGUCUCAAAACUUCUGAAAUGAGCCACCAAUCACAGCCUGAACUCAAGAUGAAUAACCUGUGAGAAGAGUGGUGCUGUGGACUCUGCCAUACCAAAGCAAGGACCAGUUUUGUGCGUUGUCUGCCCAUAAAUCCAGACUCAGUUUGAGUUUACAGGAUGGGUGUCCAGACAAGCAACCUGACAAGCCACAAUAGUGGCAGGGAGAACUGAUGUAACCCUCAACAUUUCUAUUUAUUCUGAGAGUUCAAUUGGAUAUUAUCUGUACUAAAAUGUAUCCAUCAGUUCUCCUAAAAGCUGUGACUUGCAUUUUCACUUUGAUCAGAUUUAUUGAAAUGGGCACUUUUGUGAUUCUAAUCCAGGGAAGAGCCAAAGCUUAUUUUUCACUUGGAGUAACGGGAGAGGUUAAGAAUCAAGUUCACUUUCAAAAUCUGAGCGCCACUGUCUGUGCAAUUGUAUUUGGAUUUUUUUGCACUAAUUUUGUUUCAAUGCUGGUAAUUGAAACCAUUUUAAUAUAUUUGGUUGUAUUCAUUCAUUUUGUGUCCUUCCAAAUAUGUGUACAAACCUUGCUUUCAAUGUUGGCCUCCAAGUUUUUAAUAAGAAACUUUUGUAUUGACUUGGUCCUUUGCUUGUACCUUAUAUUUACUUCAGUCUGGAGUGCAAUAUAUUGCAGGCUCUCAACCUCACCAUGGCUAUGCAAUGUUAUCAGCCACAGGGCUUCAAAAAAGGGAAGUCCUUAUGACAGCAUUUGUCUGAGGGUGGGGGUGUGUUAAAAUCAUGAAACAGUAUCUGCAAUAGCUUGUUUUCAGGCUGACUUUGUUACUGUAGCCUUAAAUCUUACCUAGUUUUAGCUCUAUGUAAUAUAAAUACAUGAGCUAAAAUAAGAACUGUACAUGUAACAUUUGGUACCUCACCAAAGAUCAGUUAUUUUAGAAGAUGCUACCAAUUGCAUCCUUUCAGUAUUAAAAACAUGCAAAGUGGUAAACAGCAGCCAACAUCUAAUGCCAACCCCUGGAGAAAUGUUUCUCUUAGAAAUACACAAAACAUGCACAGAACAGUAACAUAGCUCUAAUGUUUCAAUUACCUAAAUAGUGGUACUUAAAAAGGCUAGGCCUGUGCAAAUAUUCAGAAAUACCAGGGGCUGGGGAGAAGGGGAAACAGGCCUAAAUAUUUAGGAAGUCACCCAAAAGUUUCUAUAAUUAGAAACUGCUCUAAGAUGCAUAGAACAUUACACCGCAACUAGAAAAGGAAUAAGUACAAAGGCAAUUCUGUCACUUUGCAUGAAUAAAUUUUUUAUAUAAUUGGGGUAUAGGCCAGAGGAUUUACCAGAGACAGAGUGGGGAAACAGAACAGGCAGAAAUACACAGGCGUAUCAUGCUCAACCCGCUGUGCCACCACUGAGGCCCUGUAACUUUAUUUGCUAAUCAGUGAUUAGUUUUCAUCCACAUUGACUGUCUGUAGAUCUGCAAAAGAAGGGACAGCCAGUCAACUUCCAUUGCCACACAGCACUUCCCAAAACCUUUUUGGAGGGUUUAGGAUAGUAGAAAUAUUUUUACUAUCUAUAUAUUUUGUAUCUUUAUUUUCACACUACAACAAAAAAGGUAUACUGAAUAUGCCUGUUAUGCAUAUCCCUAAUGGAAGCAUUACUGGCAUAUACAGGUGGGUAGUGCAUCUGCUGAACAAAUGAAUUCAAACUAUACGGACUAAAGGAGAGUGUGGGAUUGAGUAAAACUUACUUUUGAAAGUUGUGACAGGUACAUAGGUAACCAAUGUAUACAGCUUGUUUGGCGAAUCUUCAUCCUCAUUACGUUUCCUGGACAACCGUACACGGAUACGAUAGGGGACAUUCCUAAUAAAAAUAUAGACAUGAAGUCAAUGUCUCCUAUCAAGAAAAGCCAACAAAUGUAUUCAUUCUGUCCCCCAUUUCUGUAACAUGCUCCUCCUGCUGUCCUUUGCUCUAUUCUGACCAACUAGCCAGAGGAUGCAUGGCAUUUAUCAGUGCCCUGGAAAAUGAACACCCACAGGGGGACAUUAAAUACCAUCCCCUCAGCAUUUAUACUAGCCACCACUGACAUUCAAACUGAGCAUUCAGUCUUAUGCCACGUCUUUGCCCUUUGCCACUAAAACACAAAUCUUGAUUCUAGGAUUUGUCUGUUAAACUUGGAAAAACCUCACAACUCUGAAGGCUAUAUUAAACACAAAGCUAUUACUUGUUCAGUGUCUCUGCAGGUAAUGCUCUCAUUCAGACUUCUUAGGAUUGUAAGGACCUGUUAUUUCCACCUUUGAUCUCAGGAGUUGUCCUGAAACUCGGGACUACUUCUGGCUCAAUGUACAACACUCUCAUCGAGAGACAAUCAGGUUGAGCCUUGUGUUGUUUGCCUCCAACCCCAAUGUUGAAAGACUAGCCAAAAGCAAUCUCCCACCACUACUCCCUACUCCAGUCUCCCUACAAUCACAUAGUCCAUGCCAGUACCAUUCCCCGAGGGCAGUGCCACUUCCACAGCGAAAAGCCACCCUUUAUGUAUACACAAGGUUUUUCCAUCUCAGUAUUAUUAUUUGGCCUGAAAAUUGCUACAGGAAGCUGCCUAGUCCUUUGAUGUUUAGCUAUAUAUUUAAUCUGCAGCAAUCCCCAGUAACAACCAAAAAUGCCCCCUCCAUCUCCUGAAAUUGCCUAUGGCUGAAAACUACCCCAUCCAACUGCUUCCAUUAUGUCUAAAAAGAAAUCCAAACUCUAUUACCCACAAUAUCCCACAUAUUCUGUCCCCUGCAUAAUAUCUUCAUUCAUUGUUCAAGUCACUUAUGUAUUCCACCUUCCCCAACCUGUUUCCAAAUCAUGCCAAGGUUUUUCUGUUCAAUUGCUCUUAUCUGUCCCUUACAUUGCUGGUUCAACCAACCACAUCCAAGGGCUUCAAUUCUGCCCUUUGAACAACUGUCAUAUUUCCUUACACAUCCACAUUCAUUAAAUUAUUGGACUUAAAAACUAGAGUUGGUCAAACUGGCGUAACUAUACAAAAAUUCAUCUUAAAACACAAGUAAUUGAAAGCACCUUAUUCCCUUAGCCCAGACAGCUUUGUUGAGCCUGGUGUCGAUGCGCACAUCUGGAGUGCCCAUUUCCUUCAUUGCAAAUUUCCGGAUCUCUUUGAGUGCUCUAGGGGCACGCUUCUUGAAGCCACUGAAAUUCAAACAAAGUAACUAUAGGAAUACAAAUUCAAUGUAUGACACAGUAUAUCCUAAUUUCACACCCACAAAAAUCCAAUCCAAACCUUGAAUGGCCCAGAACAAACCUUUUUACCACCAGUGCAUUAAUACCCAGCAACCAGGAGGACACUUGGGAAACAAGUGCAUAAUCCAUUUUCAAUAAUGUGGGAUAAGGACUCUGGAUGUGAUCCUUAAGCGAUGCUAAAAUACACUUCGUUAACCCUUUCUAGAUAAAACACAUCCCCAAUGUCUAAUACCAUUGCCAAGAAUAAUAAAAAAAGUUAGAAUACACUUCGAAAUAAAAUAUACAAUACUUAAAGUUCCAGUAUCGGUCUAUGUUUUAAUAGUAGGGGCCUGAAAUGUACAGAUUUCCUCAUAUGUAGGAGGACAAGAGCUGUCAGCUAUAAAACUGUCAUUAAUUUAUGUUUGUUCCAACUGAGUAAGGUGCUAUUAAUUACCCCACUGUUAGAUGAGGACAGAUAAAUUAAUUUGAAUUUAAUGCUUCCAAUUAAUGAAAAAAUGCAAAGCAAAACUUUAGUAAAGGCUGAAAUAGUCAGGCAUUUUGGGUAAUUCCUAGUGGGGCAAAGACUAGUCUAAGUGUAUCCCACCACUCCAACACUGGGAAUGUCAAAGAAGUCACCAUGUCAGUGAUUCACCUUUUAACUCCAACAGUGUCCAACACACAGCAAACCUAGCAGUUUUGUUAGAUGAAAUGAUUUCGUGAAAUCUAAUAAAAGUAACACAUUUUACUAUAUGCAAGAAAAACAAUUCUGAUCUAAAACAUCCAGUGACUUCUAGGACCCGUGUAACAUCUGACAUCCAUUUGCCCCCACCUCACUUGGCUUCUUACACUGUUCCCAGCUCCCUUUGCUUACCCAGUCUACUUCUACAGCCCAUCAAAUUCCCUUUUUUCACUUAAAUUCUUAGUCAUCUAGAAAUAAACGGUGCUAGAACAGUGGUAGAGUUAAUAGACAAUAUCCCAUCUGUUACAGCUUAUAUAGGUUACAUCCAGAGUACAUCAGAUGGCAUUACAUACUACAGAAGUUACCCAAGUUAGGAACAUGCCUGGUAUAAUUAACACAAGUGGUCAAAAACUAAAAAAGUAAGUAGCCAGCUCUUGUGGGAUGGUAGCAAGAACUCUGGCUUCUAGUUUGAUUUAGAAGGCAGAGCCACAGGACAUGCUUAAUCGCCAAAUGACUGAAAUAAGGCCACAGAGAAACAGAAAGGUUGGGGGUAGAGAUGGUCACCAGGAGCUUCAAAGGCCCAUUUUAAAGAUCAAAUAGAGACGUUAAUAGCAUUUGGAUAUAUACGGACCUAAGACUAGUCACUAUUACCAAGCCUAUGAAGAAAAGAGAGGGCCCUGGACCUCCAAAUCACUGAAAGGUCUGGUUGAGAAUGAGGAAGUUCACUGCUAGAGAAGAAAAACACAAGACUCUAAUCUUUGGAAGUACCAGUAUUUUCACAGAAGAGUAAAAAAUGAACUGUCAAGUGUUACUCAGAUAUGACCAAAGGGGGCCUCCCCAGUGGCACAGCGGCUUGAGUGCAGUGCUGUGAAGCUGUCUGCAGUCUCUGUAGCACGGGUUUGAUUCCCUGUGGCCGGCCAGGGAGAAAGCCACAUGGCCGGGCAGAUCUCUCCUGCCUCACCCGCUGCUUCCCUCAGCAGUGUAUUUCAGUGGAUCUGCCAGUUCUGGUCCCGGCUCUGUCUCUGGUAAAUCCUUUCACCCUCCUGUGCCUCUGGCCUGUACCCCAGCUAUUGUAUGCGUGUGUGUGUGUGUAUAUA